CAUUUUACGAACGGCACCCCGCGAAGCGUUAUACUGUACAGCGAGGCGAUGGGAGCUCAAGAACAAGGUUUUGGAUUUUUCUCUUUUCUGCUUGUCCUUCAACUUCAAAUAUCACUUCAGCAAGAAUGUAACAGUCAACCUUGUCUAAAUGGUGGAACUUGCAAAGAAACGUCUGGCAGUUUCGAAUGCAUUUGUGCAGGAGACUUCACGGGAAUUCAUUGUGAAUGUGAUCCAUAUGAGCAAUGCAACUUUGGUCUGCGACAGGGUAUCUGUAAUCCAUCUUUUGACGUUAGCACACCACCACAUGUAGGUACCAAUCCUACCUGCCUUUGUGCAACUGGUUUCACUGGUUUGGCUUGUGAUGAAAACAUUAAUGACUGUGUACACAACAAUGGAAGUCAAUAUUGCAGCAAUCUUCCACUGCAGCCUCCAUGCGCAGAUAGAACAAUCAAUUUCACUUGUGAUUAUUGUGCUAUUGAUGUGUGUAAGAACGAUGGCACAUGUGAGCUGAACGAGAGAGAUCGAACCUUCAACUGUAUGUGUCCAUUACACUUUGAUGGCGAAUUUUGUGAGAUUGUACUGUGUAGUCGCUCUCAGAACUGUAGCGGACAUGGCAGUUGCAACUCACAGUACAGCUACGCUGCACCUAACUCAGAGCCGCUUUGUGUAUGUGACCUUCAUUAUGAAGGUACUUCUUGUGAGAAAGAGCUUUGUUCAUCAGAAAAGAAUUGCAGCAAUAAUGGCAUAUGCAGCUCCAUUUAUGACUAUGCGAAUCCGGAUAAGUCUCCAUUAUGUGUAUGUAACACUAAUUACACUGGUGUGCAGUGUGAAAGUGAAAUUUCACUACCUACAACUGCAGCAACACCCAGUGUAAUUGCCAGCACAAGUUCUGAAUCUAUAGCUUCAUCAUCUUCUCCUUCAUUGCCUCCUUCACCGUCAGCAUCUUCACCGUCAGUUUCAGUGCCCUCAACAUCUUCAUCCUCAGCGACUUUGGAGUCGGUGUCUUCUUCAUCCCCAGUGACUUCUUCAUCCUCAGCAACAUCAUCACCCUCAACGACUUCUUCACCCUCAACGACUUCUUCACCCUCAAUGACUUCGUCACUCUCAACGACUUCUUCACCCUCAACGACUUCACCCUCAACGACUUCUUUACCCUCACCGACUUCUUCACCCUCAACACCUUCUUCUGCAUCUUCUUCAUUUACAACUGCCAAGACACAAUCGUCUUUGAUACCAGUAUCUGUAGCUACUGCAAAUGGUACACAAAGAGUAAUAGUGAAAGAAGUUUCGAACGAUGACAUAACUACAGGCAUGAUCGCUGGCAUAACAGCUGGAUGUGUUGUUGCCUUUGUCACCAUCAUCAUAAUAAUUGUGGUAGUUGUCAGAAGGAGUAAGAUGCCCAAGGACACACACGUUGUCUUGACUGUAAACGAGUUAUAUGCUGUGAGCAAAAUCUACAAGACAAUGGAUUACCAUUAAUUAAAUUAACCUGCUGAUAUUCUAACUGGCUAAGAUCAAAUUGCACAAUAUAUUUGCAGUAAAUAACUUUCAUUUACCAUUAUGUACACUGAAAGCUGUGUGGAGUGUGAAACAUUUAGAUUUGACAGUAUACAUUGUUGUGUCUUAGUCUGAUGAUAGAGGUAGGCUUGUUUUGUGAAACUGUCGUAUGAAAAGAAAACUGAAGAGAAAGAACAGCAUCACUGUUCUCAGCUU